ACGACAUCGUUUCGAAGCAACGCUAUAGCUGCUAUUCGAGUAUUCCUCUUCCAUUUGCACUCUCACUGCAACUCCUCGCUUUCUUCACCGGCGCUUUUUCCCCUCUCUCCGAUCACCUCCGCCGGCGCUUCGAUCACUCUUUGUCAGGUUUUGCUUUUCAUGGACGACGGUCGACCAUCGAGCACCAGUUUUUUGUCCUGGCAGCGAACUAUCAGCUCGAGAUUCGCGCUUCCGUUGAUUCAAGACGCCGCCAAUUUGAUAAUGGAACAUCGCGGCGUUAUAUUUGGUGACUGUGCCGAUCCUCGAGUUGACGAUGAGGAAGACGAUAAUGAAUAUGACCGUCGGGUUUUAUUCCGGAAUGGGUCUUCCUUCAUCAAGCCUAUUUUGGUACUCGACUUGUUUUGGAAUUUGUUCUUCGUUUUUCUGUCUGUGAUAGUGCUGGUAUUGUCUGCUGAAGAGAAGCCUACUGCUCCUUUGAGAUUCUGGCUUUCGGGUUAUGCUGUCCAGUGCCUUUUCCAUGUCUUUUUUGUGUUCGUUGCCUACUUGAGAAGGAGUAAUCGCUAUCGAUUUGGGUUUGAGAAUCGUGGAGCUCAGGAUGAAUUUCGCCUUUCUCAUCAUCGUAUAAGAGUUAUGAAAAGAUUGGAAGCAUUGAACACAAUGAUAGCAUACAUCUGGUGGGUGUUUGGAUUCUACUGGAUAGUCAUGGGUGGGCAAGCUCUUCUGGAAGGUUCUCCCCGACUCUACUGGUUGGCAGUGGUUUUCCUGGCGUUUGAUGUGUUCUUUAUCAUCUUUUGCACUGGAAUGGCAUUUGUUGGUUUCUUUGCUGUUUGCUGCAUUGUACCAUUUUUAGCAUAUGGUUAUACCAUGACUUUCCUAGAAGGUGCAUCUGAAGAUGAAAUUAGGGCACUUCCCAAGUACAGGUUUCAUCAAGACAAUCCACUUGAGUCGUUUGACAGUGACAAGAAACAAGAAGUUGGGAUGACAUUGGAGCCUGGCUACAGUGGUCAUACAACUGAACACACUCUAAAUCCAGAGGACUCGGCAUGCUGCAUAUGCCUUGCUCAGUAUGUUCAUGGAGUACAAUUGUGCAUGCUUCCCUGUAAUCAUCAUUUCCACACUCGAUGCAUCGUCAAAUGGCUUCGAAUAAAUGCAACCUGCCCCCUCUGCAAGUUCAGCAUCGGACAAGGUGAUUCCUUGGUCUGAUUCAUGUUUCGACCAAGUCGGAGCAUUCUUGAGGCUGAGACGAAAUCUUUUGCAGCAUCGUCUCUUAACAUAUGUUGG